CGAGAACAGAGCAGAGAGCAGACAAAGCGCGAGCAAUGAGCCGCACCUCCAAUCUCACUCAUCCUCGGCUCCUGCUCACUACACCACCCUCCCUUCCCUCCAAUGAUCGCGCUCUCCUCCCCACCGCCUAGCAUGUCCGACCCAAACAUGAGCAUGCUCUGGUCAAUGCUGGCCGAGCUUUCCUCUACCCUCUCUACAAACCGCGAACUCACCGCGCGCCUCUUCCGCCUCGCAGAGUCCGUCGGCGACUCCUCGACCGCCAUCGCCGCCGCCGCGUCCGCACCCAACGGCCUCGAGGAGCUGCAGAAAAGCCUCGAGCACGCAAACGAGACAAAGCAGUCGAAUCUCGAGUCUGAGAACGAGCAGCUCCGGAAAGAACUUCUCGCCUUUCGCUCCGAACGCGACGAUCUCGACGUCCUCACCCAGCAGUACGACCUCACCGUCUCCCGUAUAAUGGACGGCCUGCGCGAGUACACCCUCACCCGCGCCGAAUCCGUCAUCGAGAUCCACAAAUCAUAUGCUGCAAAGAUAGAGGAAGAACAGCGCCGCUACGACGAGCUGCACAAGUUAUACGCCGAGCAGGAGCAACACAUCAGAAAACUCUCAGAGUCGUUGCGUCUCGCCUACCGUUUCAACGACGUUGAUUCCGAGAUCCCGGCCACCUCUGCUACUGCCUCUGGCGACUCGAAGGAAUCUACCUUGUCGGUCACAGAAAUUCUGUACGCUUUGCAGACCGAAAACGAGGGAUUGAAACGGAUCAUGGGCCUGCGCAACAACCCGUGAUCUGCUGCUCUACAAACAUCAUUUGCAUCUAGGAGUUUUUUUUCUUUGUUUUACGGUUUGCUCAAUUCCACUCGUAUAUAUUUCGCAUUUUGUUAGAUUUCAAAUCAUGAUCGCAUUCUCAAAUAAAAAAGUAAGUAUCAAAUAACAAACAAAAUCAU